AUGAAGGCAUCGACGGUUAUCGACCUGGAAGGACAAACUAACCAAUGGUCGCACGCGACGCGACGGUUCCGUGAAUGGCCUGUUUCACCUCCACCCCAGGGUGUGCCAGCCAGCCUGCUUGGCAAAGGUACGGGAUUGAGUAAACGCUUACCCAGUACGCUGGAUGCUGCACUUCCACCCCCGUUGAUGCUAGCUCGGUUACUGAAAUGCGACUGUGCCAUAUCUCCCCCCCGAACGUCUUCACCCAUCGGUACUCGGUUCACAGGAUCGUUGGGUACGAUGCCCACCGUUCCUGACGCCGGUCUAACUGCGAUUUGGGUCGAUUGAUUUCUGCCUCAACCAAGUGGCGGAAACUGACCGACUGGCCUGUGCUUUCUUACCACGUGGGAGGUCUAGGAAACUGGGUAUGCAACCUCAGUGGAGCUGCCUAUACCGACUUUCACUUACCCAUUGGUCUGACUUCCGGAACAGCCGUGGGUGCCCACAAUCGGCCACAGGGAACUGGCGAGUCGACAGCGGGAUGGAUUGUCGCAUAGCCCCUUUCGGAAUGCGGAUUUAUCUUUCUGGGCUCUGAUUCCUUGCAAUUCCCGCCCCCAUGCUACGUCAAGUUUCUAACUUAGCUCAAAGAAGAUUCCAACCUCACCCGUUUGAUACUUAAUCUUAUGUAUCAAUCCACAUAAGAGCUGGGUCUGAAGGGCUACUUCAAGUUCACGUAUCCAGGUAUCGUCUUGCAUGUAGCAUUCCGUUUCACAUUGGCUUCCGACCUUGGUGUUUAGGCUUAGUCGCAGUCCUGCACCUUGCCUGAUAGGCAUUUCCGUCGGAUAGUAACAGCGGUUUAUUUUCGGAUUCCAGGGUUAAACUUCGCUGGAGAGCCCUGGGCUUCGACUUUCGAGUACUGCCUACAAGCAAUUAUUACAACGAAUCUCAACCGGCUUCGCGCUGUGCGAUCGUGGAAAUGAGCGUUGUGUUGGAUACACUAAGCUUUGCUUUACCGCAUAUGCCCCACUAUAAGGGGCUCUUUGAUACAGUCAGAGGUAUUCCGUUAGUAAUCUUCAAGUUGUGUUCAUAAGGCUAAAUGCACAUGUGUUAGCAAGAGAGCUUUCCCCUAGUCAACGCUUUUGCCCUCUACUCCCGAAGUCACCGGUUCGAAUCCGCGUGAGUGCUCGCGAACUCACGGUCAACCAAGCGCUCGUGGGGCUGUUGGCGUUCGCGGGGUAGCCAAGCCCCAAUACGAUGUGCCAGCAUACUGCUGACGCCUUUGCCUUUUCUAAUCUUCAUUAAAUCGGAAUGGCUACCGGUUUUCUUUAACGGCACUAUCUACACAGUACCACUGCAAAGGUGUGUGCAGCAGGCUACCUAAUACGCUUCUAAUCGUGCCACGCUGGGUCCGAAGUGACCAUACUUCUUUGUCCAAAAGAGAUUUGGUAAGAAUGUAUGCACCCUACGCGUCCCUGUCGACUAGACCAUUUCUCAACUGAUUGCAACCUUAACGCAAUGACUUUCAUCCGUAUUGCAGUGUCUGUCAGAGAUUUAGGAGUGCUCCCGCGACAAGAUAUGAGAUCAAUAGAAUAUACACUGAAAUUGUACGGUGCGGUACUUCAUAUGCUCUGGGCAUUACGACGUAAUUUCUCCACAUGGUCGCUCGCCUAUUCACCUCGCUCAUGAGACCAAUCCUUGAAUACAGUGCCCAAGCUUACUAUCCGAUAACCCAGUGGGACACGGGAAACUGGAGAAAGUACAACACGUCACAACUAGAAUGAUUCCCAGUCUACGAAAGCUUCCGUAUAAAAGGCUGGGAAAGUCUCACACUACACACUGUCCUCCCGCCUAGUACGAACUGAUUUCAUUAGGACUCAUCGAAUACUACACUUGAAGCACAUCUUCAUAUUUCACCUGCGGGAACCCUGUAAUCAUCGAGGAUACCGUUACAAACUCAGGGUACCGCUUCAGGUUUGUACAGAACGAAAAAUCGUAUACUUAUGAAAUACACUGCCAGAACGACUAAUAGAGGCUGAUUCCGUAGAGUGUUUCGGAACACUUAUUGACGAUUAUUUUGGAUACCUAUGCAUUUGAGAAACGGUGCACAUAAACUGCAAAAAGAUACAUCCUAUACCCGCAACUAAUGACCCCAAUCGGAACUCCCAACUGAACAAGGAUAAGCGAUUAAUUGACAAAACUGCCGUUGACAAUCCUCAAUUAAAUGUUUUUGCUUUUUCAUCCUUCGAUAGAGGCGAACAGAAACUUUCCUACUUGCUCUUAAACACAGUCUCAGUCUAAUUGAAAGCGUCGUGGAUGUAAUUUUCGUGACUAUCGGAUUAUACUUUCUACUCUAAGGAUGCAGACUGUUGCACUACGCAUAAAAGCCAUUGCGUUAAAGAUGCAAUCAAUUGAUAAACGUCAUAUACGGCUUUUUAAUGAUUCGACUGAUGCGUACAACUUUAUCCCGUCUGGCUCUGACCGAGUUCCUUCAAAAUUGCUAGAAAUUCCCUAAUUUUCACUUGAAGGUAUCGCACUGUCAUCAAGUAUAUAGGAAAACACUCCCAAUGAAGAUAGCUGGUUUCUUGUAUUCGAUUAUUUUAUGGAAUUUACGUGCAUUCGAUUAGCCGUGCCGCCGUCUGCAACCUCCAAGUUGAGUUCGUACUGCAUGAACUCAGUGCUCAAAACAGGGAGUGUAAGCCGGAUCAAAACAGCAGCCGCCAUUGGCUAGAAUUAUAAACGAUUCGAAACCCGACUGGGAUUACCUCGGCGCAUCACUAAAAGGCCUUGAAAGCCCAUCCAGAUUGCCAGUUUUAAGAAUCUAAAGAAUUUCUGCCACCUUGUUUGUGCAAUUCAAAUUGCUGUUUCCGCUCGCUAAAAGUUGGGCGAACAGAAGUACGAAAAUGAGAUUGCAACAUUGGCGCAUGGCCACCACCGGUGUGGUGGAGGGGUUUGUACCACAAACAACUGCUGAUUCUUUAACCUGUUCACGGGCCGAGCAUGAGAAAGGUUUCAAUGAAUAAGCGGGAUACUAAACAUUCUGAAUGCCAGAUCCUUCUACUCUCUGGUACCGUUGUACAUUGAGCUGUGCAUCUGAUGACCCUCGAACUUCAUAUGAUUCGGCAUGAGCUUGCGCUUCACUAACCAAAACAUCGUGACCGUCGUGGUUUAGCAGCAGUCACGAACCAAUGACGAUUGGUCGGGCGCUUACAAUUUUACGACACUGAAGAAUUACGCUUCCAUACCAGAGAUUGUUGGCCAUGCUCGGAAACACGUACUCGGAAACAUGAUUUCUAGCCUCAUCACUCCAGCCCCGAAGUUCUUCGGUGAGGUCGCACUGAAGAUACCCAUCAGUAUGCAACAUGGUCGAGUGAGCAAUAGCCUAUACGAUUGGGUUUCCUUUUACCACUUGUUGCAGAAUUCAGUCCUUCAGGGACAACCGUUUAUUCGGCAGAGACACCUCAGCGAAAAUUACAUCAUGUUUAGCAAGCUAAACGCCUUAAUAUAAACUGCACUUUCAAGUCCAUAAUAACGACCCUUCUAAGUCGAUGAGAUUCCUCCUUUGCUUCAGUUCAACAAACGGUGAAUCCCUUACAUGAAUAUCAGUCAAUCCGAGUCCAGUAAUCAAAUCCGUCAUGCCCGUCUCACUGGCUGUCUGGCUCGCUCAAUUGGUCCAACUGCUCACUCAGAUCUGAUACUACCAUCACACCACCUAGAUUGUUAACCCUAUAUACACUCUCUGUGGGUCACUUUAGAGGUAUCACUUGACCCGACGAUGUGUUUGAUUAAACUGUGCCACUGCUUGUCACCAACGGUUUUCUAAGUU